AUGCCCCCAAAAGGAAGCAAACUCGGUCCACCACCUACCACAACUGAUCCCUCAUCACCAGCUCUCGUUCAGCAGAAUGCUCACUCUUCUUCCAUAGCGGAUUUCGAGCUGCCCAAGACGACGUUGACAAAGCUUGCCAAGGGUUCCAUACCUGACAAUGUGAAAAUGCAACAAGACGUCGUCUUGGCUCUCUUACGAGGUUCAACACUCUUCAUUUCAUAUCUAUGGUACAAGAAGAAGAAUGCUGAUAUAAGCGCCCAUGAUCAAGCACUUGCAAGAUCAGGAAAAUCAAUAACCGCUUCGGAUGUCAUCAAAGCUAUUUCAGAAAUGGAUUUUGGACCUGCAGACGAUUUGAUACCUAUUUUGGAACAUGAGCUAGCAGCAUACAGAGCAAAUGUCCAAGCCAACAAAUCUGCUAAAAAAGCCGUCAACCCUGGUCCAGGGGGGAAACGAGGGCCUAGGAAAAGUAACGCAGCAACUGAUGUCGAAGAGGAACAAGGGGACGAGGAAGAGGAUGAUAUGGUGGGUGAUGAUGCUGAAGAAGAGGAAGGUCAAGGGGAAGUAGAGGGAGAAGGUGAUGAAUCUGAGAUAUUAGACGCGGGUGAUGAGAUGGAUUUGGAUAAGUAA